AAGCUUCACAGAAGCUUCACAGAAGCUUUACAGAAGCUUUACAGAAGCUUGACAGAAGCUUUACAGAAGCUUCACAGAAGCUUCACAGAAGCUUCUGUCAAGCUUCUGUCAAGCUUCUGUCAAGCUUCUGUAAAGCUUCUGUUAAGCUUCGGUCAAGCUUCUGUAAAACUUCUGUAA